CGACUCCUCUUCCUCAUCUCCACCACCACCGUCACCUCCUCCUCCCCCUCCUCCCUCUCCCUCUGACAAUAACGACAACAACAAAACAUCCGGCAAAGUACCACCGGCAUCGGGCGAUGUUAGUUCUCCUCCGCCGCCACCUCCUACACGUAGUCGAUUAGGUCCACCAUCAGGUAGAACAGCUCCUCCACCAGGGCUAUCGAAGUCGAAGGACGAGAAUAGCGGUCAAAUGAGCACGACGGCUAUAAUAGGAAUCGCAGCUGCAAGUGGUUUCUUACUUCUUGUCAUCAUACUCUUCUUUGUCGUACGUGCAAGAAGAAAGAAAAGAGAGGACGCUCCCAUUCGUUACUUCACUAAUACCCAACCUGGCGGACGAGGUCCGGGAUACAAUAAUAAUGAUGGUGACCAUGCUAUGAAUAUACCUCCACCACCAGGUGCAGCAUGGGGAACAGUAGGAACAGCACCAACAUCAGGCGGAGGUUGGGGAAUGAAUCCCAAUUCCCAGCCAUACAGUGGAAGCAUGAUGAGCAACUCCAGUGGUUACUCUGGUGGUUCUCAGGGUUCAGUGUAUCCACCCCCACACCCUUCAGUAGCUCUAGGAUUCAACCAGAGCACCUUCACCUUUGAGGAGUUAUCCGUUGCCACCGGUGGCUUUUCAAAGGAAAACCUGUUGGGUCAAGGUGGGUUUGGAUUUGUGCACAGAGGUGUCCUCCCCAAUGGUAAGGAAGUAGCGGUGAAGAGCCUCAAAGCCAAUGAUGCUCAAGGAGAUAGAGAGUUUCAAGCUGAGGUUGAGACUAUUAGCCGUGUCCAUCAUCGCCAUCUUGUCUCACUUGUUGGCUAUUCCCUUUCCGAACAAAGAAAGAUCCUCGUCUAUGAAUUUGUUCCCAACAAAACCCUUGAAUACCACCUUCAUGGAAAGGGUCGGCCUGUCAUGGAUUGGCCAACUAGGCUUAAAAUCGCCACAGGAGCAGCGAAAGGACUUGCUUACUUGCAUGAGGAUUGUCAUCCUCGUAUUAUUCAUAGAGACAUAAAGACUGCCAACAUUCUGCUUGAAAACAACUUUGAUGCCAAAGUGGCUGAUUUUGGAUUGGCAAAGUUCAAUCAAGACACUAAUACUCAUGUUUCAACUCGUGUGAUGGGAACAUUCGGGUAUUUAGCUCCUGAGUAUGCAUCAAGUGGCAAGCUAACUGAAAAGUCUGAUGUCUUCUCCUUCGGUGUUAUGCUUCUGGAGCUGAUUACAGGACGACCCCCACUGGACCACACUGGUGAUUAUGAAGAGGAUAGUUUGGUUGAUUGGGCUAGACCACUCUGUGCAAAAGCAUUGGAAACUGGAGAAUUUACAGGGCUAGUGGAUCCACGUUUAGAGGAAAAUUAUGACAAGCAGGAAAUGAAAAAUAUGGUGGCUUGCGCUGCUGCCAGUGUUAGGCACUCAGCAAGGAGACGCGCAAAAAUGAGCCAGAUUGUGCGAGUGUUGGAGGGAGAUGUCUCUCUAGACGUCCUUAAUAACGAAGGAGUUAAACCAGGGCAAAGUGGUGUGAUGGGCGAAAGCGGUGAAUAUGGCUCUGCAGCAUAUAGCGCUGACAUGAAGAGGUUCAGGAUGCUAGCAUUGGGAGAAAGUGGAGUUGCAAGCAGUGAGUUUGGUGGAACAAGCGAAUAUGGCCUCAAUCCUUCUGUCUCAAGCAGUGACCUAUCAACAUCCACUGAAUAUACGAGGAGGCUAUGAAACACCUUGAGAAGUCAGAACCCAUCAUCGCCGGGGAAAAAUUUAAACCAUAAUUUAUUUCUUCUUUUGCGCAUAUUUUCUAUGUUGAUUAGAGAAGGAAUACUAUAUACACCACAUACUUGUAGAGUAAAAGAAAAAGAAAAAGAAAAAGAAAAAUUAUUUGUACAUAUGGAAUGGGACAUCCCACUUAAACUAUGUGGACAUCCCACUUAAAUGGGAUAGAGUAUGAAUCCCAUAUGUAUAUAAUACAAUACACAAUAUUGAAAAUUCUUUUGGAUUUGGACACGUUAUGUUGCAUAAUGCAAGAUGAUAACCUUGGGAGAAUGUAUAUUUUUUAUAUGAACAUACGAGUUAUCUAUUCCU